AUGCAUGGGAAACCGAAUAAGCGGGAUCCGGCAGCUGCGGCAACGGCGGCGGAGGAGGAGGGGAAGGAGGAGCAGGCAGGAGCAAGUGCGAUAAGAGAUGGAGAGGUGGAAUCGAAGCAACCCGCGCCAGGUGAUGACAGGGAAGAGAGAGACGGUGAUUUUAUGAGAAAUUAUGAGCCAGCUGAGGGAGCAGUUCACGGAGAAGUUGACAGAACAGCUGACGGAGCAGCUGACGGAGCAGCUGACGGAGCAGCUGUGGUUGUAGUAGGGGACGCCUUGGCAGCGAAGGCAUUACAGGGUGGAGAAGCAACGACUCAGGGAGCAGCGAGGGAUGAUGGCUUGGACGCGGAAAACCAGCGAGACGGUGCUGACGUGGACGCGGAAAAUGGAGAGUUGUCAGGUGCUUCCGGUUUGGACGGAGGUGAGUGGGCUGACAUGGCAGACGGUUUGCAAGACGGUGCAGAGGAGUUCAUUUUCGAUCCAGAUGUUCUGGCUAGCUUUGAAGAGGACCUUCGCAGGGAGAGGGAGUACCAGCAGACGCUGGAGCAGCUGCUGCUGAACCUACUCCCUGACCAAGGGACCGGGCUGGAUGGGAAUGAGGAGGGCGGGGGAGCAGAUGACGCAACAGCAGCAGAUGACGCAACAGCAGCAGAUGACGCAACAGCAGCAGAUGACGCAGCAGCAGCAGAUGACGCAACAGCAAACUCUGUUGACGAUGCCGCAGCCAUUGCCGCCAUUGUGGCAGGCACAUACGCGCAAUCAGGAGGCACGGGCGGGCGUUCAAGUCGCACAGGCGAGCUUCCAGAAGGCAGAGUGGAAGGUGCAGGCAGUAGAGUGCAUGCGAGUGCUGGCACGACUUUUGAGGCGCCUCAAAAGUCAGGUCGCACAGGUGAGCCUCCAGAGGGCAGAGUGGAAGGUGCAGGCACUAGGGCGCAUGCGAGUGCUGGUAUGCAUGCUGCUAUUACAGGUGCUGCUGCAGAUCCGGGGGCAGGAAAGGAAGCUGCCAGGAAGGAGGGAGUGCCAGAACAAGGGUCAAACAGGAACAACCAAGAAGCUGAGGAGGGGAAGGGGAAGGAGGAAGAGGAGGACGAGGAAGAGGGAGAGGAGGAGGAAGAAGAAGAGGGAGAGGGAGAGGGAGGAGGAGCGGGAGAGGGAGCGGGAGUGGAUGUGGGCGAUUUCCUAUUCGACCCGGAUUUACUGGAGGCUAUGGAAGCGGCUUUGGAGCAGCACAGUGCAGCGGACUGGCAGCGAAUCACCCCCCUUGCCAGCCCCAUGCAUCCUUCCGUGGCAAACAGCAGAGUUAGUCCCAUGCAGGCUGCUAUGGUGGGCGGUAAGGUUAGUCCCAUGCACGCUGCUCUGGUGGGCGGUAGGGUUAGUCCCAUGCACGCUGCUCUGGUGGGCGGUAGGGUUAGUCCCAUGCGCAGGGGCGUGGGAAUAGGGCAACCCAGCCCACGGCCUGCAGGCAUGACAGCAGGUGGGAUGGGCGUAUCAGCGAGUGCAUCAGCGAGUGCAUCAACUCCAGCACUGCCAGGCAGGGGCAGUGUAUCGCUGGCAGGGGGGGCGGGCAGAGUGGCGAGUCCCAGGCAGGGCAGCUUGCGCGGCGGGGUGAGCAGCCCCUCACUGCGACAGGUGACGGAUCCCAGUGCUGUGAGACGAAGCUUUGAUGGUGGUAGGGUUGACAGUGUGGUUUAUGGUGGCAGGAGUGAGAGUGGCAGGGUUGGCAGUGAGGAGAAAGGGGCAAACGCUGCAGCAGGAGAGGCGGCAGGUGAUGCAGGGAAGGAGGCGGGUGCAGCAGCACAAGAGGAGGAGGCAGUAGUAGAAGCAAAGCCGGUUGUCCCCCCUGGACCCCCUCCCCCUCCUCCUAGGUCUCAGCUGCUAGAAAGUUUCGAACAGCGCUGCCCGCCGGGCGGGGUAGACGCAGUGGUGGUGUAUACCACCACACUUCGGGCAGUAAGGAAAACUUUUGAGGACUGCGUCAAAGUGAAGAACGUGCUGCAGGUACGAUGGAUGGCCUGUUUGUUUUCCGAUGGCAUAUUCUUUCUUCUUCACCAGGUGCCAUGCGCCAUCUGCCAUGCGCCAUCUGCCAUGCGUCAUCUGCCAUGCGCCAUCUGCCAUGCGCCAUCUGCCAUGCGCCAUCUGCCAUGCGCCAUCUGCCAUGCGCCAUCUGCCAUGCGCCAUCUGCCAUGCGCCAUCUGCCAUGCGCCAUCUGCCAUGCGCCAUCUGCCAUGCGCCAUCUGCCAUGUGCCAUCUGCCAUGCGCCAUCUGCCAUUCGCCAUGUGCCAACCUGAUGCCAAUAAACGAGACCCGCCACCUCAUACCUUCGCCUGCAGGCCCUUACGAUGGCCUAUUGGGAGGGCGGCAUUGUCCAGUAGGCGCCUCAAUCACACUUUCCCCCCUACAUCCCUGCAGGCCCUGCGAGUGGUGUACGAGGAGAGGGGCAUCUCCAUGUGCGUCUCGUACCGCCAGGAGCUCAAAACGCUCAUGGCACCCGGCGCAGCCUCUCCAGCCGCAGCGGCAGCAGCUGGCUCUGUGUGUUUUGAGUCGACUCAAAACACUGCUGGCUCUGUUCCCGGGCUCUGUUCCCGGGCUCUGUUCCCGGGCUCUGUUCCCGGGCUCUUCAUGUGUGGGCAUUACAUCGGCGACGCUGAUACUGCCCUACGAGUGGUGUACGAGGAGCGAGACAUUUCCAUGCGCGUCUCCUACAGGCAAGAGCUCAAAACACUCAUGGCACCCGGAGAAGCAACCCCUGCAGCAGCAGCCGCAGCCGGCUCCGUUCCCCGCCUCUUCAUCUGCGGCCGCUACAUUGGAGAUGCCGAUACUGUGCUCCAGAUGUAUGAUGAUUACUUUCUUGCUGAGUUAGUCCAAGGGUUGCCGACCACUGAUGAUGAUGCGGGGAAGACAGGGUGUGGGACGUGUGGGGGUAGCAAGGUGGUUACGUGCCGGCAGUGCGGUGGUAACCACAAGGUGGUGACGAGUUAUGGCAUGAGGAUAUGCUCACAUUGUGAUGAUACUGGGCAUGUGCCCUGCCAUACCUGCGGAGGUGGGCAGGCGGGUGCGAGGUAG